UAUUUAAAUUUUUCGGGGUGUGGGAAUGCCUUACAUCGAGAGUGCAGAUUUUUAGGGGUCAAGCCGAAGCACCGUACCCAGUCGCCAUUUAUACCUCGGAGGACCAACACUGCCGAACGCGACCCGUUUCGCAUCGAUACUUUCAACUUGACUGCUGACAGGUCGCCAUCUUCCUACCGGCGUUAUGGAUAUGUCCCGGGUUCUCAUUCUGUGCGUGUUGGUCGCCGUGGCCUACGCCCAAGUCAAGAAAAGCGAACGAGUUAAGAUUUCUGACUCUUGCGAGACAAUCAAGGGUAUUUUGCGCGUCGAUGAGUUGGAUCCUGAAAAGUACCAAAGCUGCGGUGAAGGCGGUGAAGGGGUAUGCUACGAGAAGGCAGCACGAUGCGAUGGCAUCCUCGAUUGCCCCAACAUGGCUGACGAAAAGGACUGCAAGGACAAACAUAAGGUCGACUGCGAUACCGGGUACAUUACCAAGCCAGGCACGGCGUACCGAUGCGAGGCCAUUGCAGGGCAGGACCCCGAGGACCGAAUGUGCAUCCUGGGCGGCUGGAGAUGCAACGGCAAGCGGGACUGCCCCAACGGUGACGACGAGGAGAACUGCCCGGAGCAACAAUAGGCUCCAUGAUCACAAUUUAGCAUAACUAACCUCGGGCUUUCUUUCCUACCAAAACUCCAACAGUUUUGCUAGAAGCAAAGCUCCCACAAAGAGCACAAGGGCCAGGUCACACCAGGCAAUUUUCAUGACCAACUUGGAUGCAAUCCAAAAAAAUGUAUUGCAGUGCAAGCUGAAUGAAACCCCGAGAAGAACGAAGUCAUCUUCCCGAUCCUUAAAUUCGCAGAAAUUCCGCAGAACACUGCAUGCAGAGAAAUACAAGUUGGUUUUCUCGGUGAUUGCCUCGAACGGGUUGUCUGUAAAAUUGCCUUUUGUGACAUUGCCCUAAGAACCUGAACUCUACCAGGAGCUUUCGUUUGUCCCCUAAACUACAAUACACAGUUAAAUACAGUAACACUUUCUAUUAAUGCAUGAAUGAUGUUAAACAAAAGAAAGCAUAUUGCAAUAUACACUGACUCCAAUGUAAAUUAUGAGAUGCUUGGCUAAUGGAAUAUCUGGUGUUGAAUUUUGGCGGGUUUGGAUAUUACCUCUCUUGUUCAUGGAAACUUAUUUAGAUACUUAGACAGGUUGCCAUAGAAGCUGUAUAUUUUUUUUCCUUUCUUAGCGACUGUCCCUUCGGUUUUCCACAGCAGUAAACUUUCUAUGUUUUAUGCACAAAUAAAAUGUUAAGUUUAUUUCUGUAUAAAAUGUACAUGCCGCGCGCUUUCAAGCACAAAACAUUCAACAAGUAUCAUAGAAUGGAAGUAGCGUAAACAAGAGUGGAUGUAUUGUUUAAAUAUUUUCACUUAAUCUGGCUGUGAAGCCAAUGGCUAAUUGCAGGCUUCAAUGAUGCAAAGUGGCAAAUUAUUUUCAUUGUAUUUUGUACGAUCAAAUCCUAAGAAAGUUUGCUUAAAUUAAUGCAAAAAAGCCCAAUGCUUACGUAAUGUAAUUGUUGACUUGUGAUAUGCUCGACUAAAACACCAGAAAGUUAUAUAGUGUUCAAGUGUUAUGUGCUAAGAAUCAUUUUAAGCAAUUGGAAAUGUAGCAAAGAUAUAUGGGAGCAUUACUUUUAGACCAGACUUUUUUAACAAUCGUAUUUUUUAUUCUAAUAUGUAAACCAUGUAAAACUAACUUAAAAGUUCUUGUUUAUUAGCUCUUUUCCAGUUAAUUGUGAAAUGUACUAAUGACCAAAUAAAGUGUAGAACGAGAUGAAUAGUUUACAUUCUA